AUGAGUUCGCAAAAAGAUGGGCCUAACAGCUCAGGAAAACUGCCCUUUCGCGCCUCCUUCGUCGAAUUAAUGGGCCUCAAACGCCUCGACUCGCCCAGCACUCCGGACGCGCCAGAGAAGGUCGAGAGGUUCCAAUCUCUCGCGGCACCGUACCCUCCUGGCAUGGGCGGAAUGGCAUUUGGCGGGCACGUCUACGCUCAGUCCGCAUAUGCAGCGUCGAAAACCGUCGACAAGGGGUUUGUAAUACACGACAUGACGGGCACGUUCAUUCUACCAGGCCUACUAGACGUCCCGUAUGUGUAUACAGUUCGCCACACACGAGAUGGGAGCAUGUACUGUACGCGGGCUGUCGACGCACGACAGAACGGCAAGAUCUGCUUCUCGUGUUUGUGCUCGUUCAAGCGCCCUGAGGGACCACAGACGUUCCACCAUCAGCCAGCCCCGGUACAGGAGCGCUUCGGGUCGCUUCUUGCCGGGAAGAAGCCAGAGGAUCAUUUGGCUAGUCCCAGCGUGGAUGCGGACUGGUGGAUCGAACAGGUUCAGCGGGGGGAUAUUACUGAGCCAGAGUUUCCGGGGCUUGAUGUGAGAAAGGUGGAUAUGGCGAGCUACAAUGCCACGGAGGAGGUGAAGCAGAGUCCGGAAAAGUAUCGUCAGUUGACGCUAUACGCCCUCAAGGGGUCACCGCAGGACUCAGAUGCUGCGUUGAGCAAGCAAGACCUCGAAGCCAGAGACAAGACAGGCGAGUUCGAUAACCUCUAUGCCUGUGCGCACAUGUAUGCGAGCGACAAGAACUCGCUCUUAUUGAUACCACGUGCUUUGGGCCACAAGACCUGGUCUGCAAUGGCCAGUUUAACGCUGACGGUGGUCUUCCAUCACCAUGGUGAAGCGCUGAGGAUGAUUGACUGGGACGUAGGGCAAGAAGAGAAUGGACAGAGUUUGCCCAGGAAAUGGUUUAUCCAGGAAGGCUGGACGCCUACGUCUGGAGAGAAUAGAGCUAUCCAUGAGAGCUAUCUGUGGAGCCCAGAAGGGGUAUUGCUCGCCACCAGUUAUCAGGAUAGCUUGCUCAGGCUGAAGAAACCGGGUCAUGGGAAACUAUAG